UAUCUCCGAGGGCACUGAGAUUUGAUUUGCCCUCAGGAGAGAGUGGAGCGGCUAGAUAUGAACACACAGACUUUCUUCAACCAAGAAGGGUGACACAACUCAACUUCUCCACAUACUCUCUCUUUCGUGUCGUCCAAGAUUAUCAUCUGUCAGGCUGCGUGCGUGUGGAGGUCAUGUGGAGGAAGGCUGUGCUGGUGGCGGUGUUGGCGUUGGUGAUGGGGUAUCUGUACCACACUGACCCACAGAUGCCGACCCGCAUGUUGGACUACAUCAGCGAAUCCCUGCCACAGAUGGAGCUGAGUGGCAGCUCAGAGCCCCGCCCCCCGGCGCUGGAGGAGGCCAUCGCUCGCGGCUGGCAGACCCUGAUCACAGCUCCGGCCAGACGCUGGGCGAGAGUGGCAGUGGGGGUGAAUGCCUGUGUGGAUGUGGUGGUGUCUGGGGUGGGGCUGUUGCAGGCGCUCGCUCUCGAACCCGGAUCCGGAAGAGACCACGAGGUCCUACACACCAAAGAGGACCUGAAAGAGGCCUUUGUCCACUACAUGGGGAAGGGUGCCGCCGCGGAGCGCUUCUUCUCAGAUAAAGAGGUUUUUCAAAGGAUCGCACGGGCGGCUGCAGAAUACCCCGGCGCUCAGCUUUAUGUGGGUGGAAAUGCUGCUCUUAUUGGCCAGAAACUGGCGUCUAACCCAGAACUCGUGGUCCUCUUGUGUGGUCCGGUGGGGCCGAAGCUUCAUGAAAUGCUGGAUGAACAGAUCGUAGUCCCGCCCGAAUCUCUACAGGAGACCGAUGAGUUCCACCUCAUCCUGGAGUACAAGUCAGGUGAACAGUGGGGUUCUUCACGAGCUCCUCAAGCGAACCGCUUUAUCCUGUCUCACGACGUGUCCAAUGGUGAAAUGAGCACGCUGGAGACAUUCGUGGCCAGUCUGGAGGACUUCCAGCCGGACCUGGUGGUUCUGUCCGGACUGCAUAUGAUGGAAGGAAUGGGCCGGGAUCUUUGGGAGGAACGACUGAAAGAGGCGGUGGUUGCCAUCUCUGAAGUGAGGAACGAGGUGCCCAUCCACCUGGAGCUGGCUAGUAUGACGGACAGGGACUACAUGAACCGGAUCCUGCAGGAGCAGGUCAUGCCCAUCAUGAACUCCAUCGGUCUGAACGAACAGGAGCUGCUGUUUUUGGCUCAGUCUGGAGGCGGGCCUCACGCUGACCUCACUUCCUGGGACAGGAUACCUGACGUGGGCCGAGUCAGCGACAUCCUGCUCUGGAUCCUGGAGCAGCACGGCCGGGCGGAUCCAGAAUCUGAGGCUGAUCUGACCCGGAUCCACUUCCACACGUUAGCGUACCACAUCCUUGCUACGGUGGAUGGCCACUGGGGGAACCAGGAGGCAGCGGUGUCCGCAGGCGCCCGUGUGGCCAGCAGUCAAGCCUGCGGUCUGCAAGACGUGGAUAUCACAAAGGUGAUCCUCAAGGCGCCUUUGACCUUCCACAGCUCCUUCUCCGAGCCGAGGGAGAGCCUAGUGGUGGACCCGAGCCGACCGGUCACCGUGUGGAGCAGAGGGAACGUCUCGUUCCAUCUCACACCGGUCCUGGUGUGCAAACACCCGCUCAGGACUGUGGGAUUGGGCGACGCCAUAUCAGCCGAAGGCCUUGUGUUCUCAGAGCUCACGCCUCGGCCCGAGCUCUAAGAGACGUCUCUCUCCCAUCCAUCCUUUUGAAGACACGUCCUCGUCGUUAGAUCCUAACGCUGGAGAAACAGACUCGGAGGGCGUCAAACUACAGGAUGUUUUUCAAAGCGAGCUGGAGAUGCACUGUUUUACUUUUGUCUGAAAUUGCAUUUCGUGAAAAACCGCACUGAAUAUAAUGACGUCAACUAGCGUUUGAACCAAAAAUGGAUGUUCGGGUCAUCAUCCGCUCACCAUUGAAUCUAAACGACCUUCUUAAAUACAGUACAGUGCAGAAGUCACAUGGAUUUAGCGAAGUAUAUGAUGACAGAACUUUGACUACUAAUUAGUUUUUACUAUGAUU